UUUUGAAUGCGGAAGUCCCUUUAGAAUCAUUCUAGUUCUCUCUUUUGGGAGUCAGCGUCCUCGGGGAGUCGGCGAUUUCGGAAGGUCUGAGCUAUGGCGACUGUGCGGAUGAUAGAUAUAGCCGUUAAUUUCACAGAUGGGAUGUUUAAGGGUCUUUACCAUGGGAAACAGUGUCAUAUUGGAGAUUUAGCUGCUGUUCUUGGUAGGGCUUGGAGUUCUGGAGUCGAUCGAAUUAUCGUCACUGGUGGGUCUCUCGAAGAAUCAAGGGAAGCUCUUGCAAUAGCUGAAACAGAUGGACGCCUUUUUUGUACAGUCGGGGUGCAUCCUACCAGAUGCAAGGAAUUUGAGGAUAGUGGGGACGCAGAAAAGCAUUUUCAGUCCCUUGUGUCAUUAGCAAAAGAAGGAAUUGAGAAGGGAAAGGUAGUAGCAAUUGGUGAAUGCGGGUUGGAUUAUGACAGGCUACACUUCUGCCCAGCUGAUAUUCAAAAGAAGUACUUUGAGAAGCAGUUUGAAUUAGCCAAUGCUGUGAAGCUACCAAUGUUCCUGCACAUGCGCGCUGCAGCUGAAGAUUUUUGUGAUAUUCUAGGCCGAAAUAAGGAAAGGUUUACUUCUGGAGUUGUCCAUUCAUUCACUGAUAGUGCUGAUGAUCGUGAUAAGCUCUUAUCUUUCAGUAAUGUCUAUAUAGGUAUAAAUGGAUGCUCUUUGAAGACUGCUCAGAAUCUCGAGGUUGUAAAAGGAAUUCCUGUUGAAAGAAUGAUGAUAGAAACAGAUUCACCAUAUUGUGAAAUUAAGAACACUCAUGCAGGAGUUAAGUUCGUAAAAUCUCAAUGGCCUUCUAAGAAAAAAGAGAAGUAUGAUCCUGAAUGUAUCGUUAAAGGCCGAAACGAGCCCUGUCUAGUAAAGCAGGUUCUUGAGGUGGUUGCUGGCUGUAAAGGUAUUGCCGACGCAGAUCAGCUAAGUAAAAUCAUUUACCACAAUACCUGCAGGGUCUUCUUUCCUCAAGAUCUGGACUCAAUCGCAGAUGCUCUUCUGGAUGGGAACCAAGAUAUCCAGUAAACAACCUCGUGCUGAACAAGUGAUGUGCCAUCUCAGGAUACUUUUUUUUGCAAAAGAUGUUUGGCUCCGCAGUGGCGGCACCUUGUGUGCAUUGAGUGAAGUUAUUCAAUUCCAAGGAAAGAGCCAGUUAGUGACACAUAAUACCAUAUCUGGAUGAACACUGGAUUGUAAGGAAAUGUCAUAAGGGAUACGGCCCACUUCAUUUACAGAGUCUGCACUCUACACUAGUUUUUGUCAUAAUUCAAGUUUCUUUUCUGCGUUGCUGAUAAAAAACAAAAAGUUUCUUUUUCUAAGUGUGGAAAGCUGGAAUUAAGUAUUUGAUUCA